CCUCCCCACCCCCCAUCUUUCUGCCAACUGCUUAAUUGAAUCUGUACUUCGACCCUUUUGGCCUUUCUUUCUAGUUCUUCCCUCUCAAACUUGGACUAAACCGAAGAAUAGGAAUCCGCUAGAGAGUAUUCUCACGAUGAAAGGGCUCAUAAUUCAGCAAAGCCGAGCUGUGGAGGCGAACAUGUCCAAUCUCAGCUCUCCCUCUGGGGAAGCAAGUGCGUCUUCCAACCAGCAACCCUCCUCGGCCUCGACGAAUCCAACCCCGGUCAAGAGAAAGAGGAACCUCCCGGGAAAUCCAGACCCAGAUGCUGAGGUGAUAGCGCUGUCCCCCAAGACCCUGAUGACAACCAACCGGUUCGUGUGUGAGAUCUGCAACAAAGGUUUUCAGAGGGAUCAGAACCUGCAGCUCCACAGGAGGGGUCACAACCUGCCAUGGAAGCUGAAGCAGAGAAGCAAGGAGGUGAGGAAGAAGGUCUACGUUUGCCCGGAGGUGACAUGCGUGCACCAUGACCCUUCCAGGGCGCUCGGGGACCUUACCGGCAUCAAGAAGCACUUCAGUAGGAAGCAUGGGGAGAAGAAGUGGAAAUGCAACAAGUGUUCCAAGAAAUACGCUGUCAUGUCUGAUUGGAAGGCCCACUCCAAGAUCUGCGGCACCAGAGAGUACAGAUGCGACUGCGGCACCCUCUUUUCCAGGAGGGACAGCUUUGUCACUCAUAGAGCCUUCUGUGAUGCACUGGGAGACGAGAGCUCGAGGGUCGUCACAGCAAAGCCUACAGCAGCUACUCACCACCCCCACCAAUUCUCGUAUCCUGCGGCAUCACUCGAACCCUUCCCUCUCCAUCAAACUAUCCUGCAGACACAGUUCCCUCCGUUGAUCCGCACUCCAGAGGUCAGCAAUAAUGCUAUGAGCGGCAGCCAUGAGCUACAACAGGAGCUGUCACUGAAAAGAGAGCAGCAGAAACACUUCAACAUCAGAUCGGAUAUCCCACCAUGGCUAAACUGCCAGGCGACUACUUCUCUCGGCCAUUUAGACUUCCCUUGCUCUAUCUACUCCACAAGACUCGAACAGGAGUACCCUCCUGGAAACCCGGGGGCUCUCCCUCCUCCACCCGCUCCUCUUCCGGCCUACCAAGUCUCAGCUUCCUCUCCCCACAUGUCAGCCACUGCAUUGCUCCAGAAGGCAGCACAGAUGGGUGCAACAAUAAGUCGACCUCCACAGAUCGGUCACAUGACAUCGCACACUACUUCUGGCUUUGGUAUUGGCUUGUCCUCACAGCAGGAUAUCGACGGUGGUGGUGGUGGAAGAGGAGGAGCAAGUUUUGGACAAGUGUCGACACCUCCUCCUCUCCUCCAUGACAUGAUGAUGAACCGUCUCUCCGCACCUCCAGGGUUUGAUGGGUCCUUUGAGGACGCAUUUGGAGGAUUUAUGAGAUCAAAAAGGGAAGGGAACAGCUUUACGGAUGGCACAGUUAGAAGCCAAGGAAAAGAUGAAGGAGGAGGAAGAGGAGGUGGUGGUGGUGGGAAUGACGGGAUGACAAGAGACUUCUUAGGACUACGGGCUUUCUUCCCACAGGGAUAUCCUUAAACUGCCUGUGUGGAUCCGUCGAUAAGCUCCUUCACCAUUUGGGUGAGAGGCUCAACAAGAGAUGAACAUGGUUAGCAGCUCCUGCAAUAGAAGAAACUGACAUGGUUGGGCUUCAUCUCUCAGAAUAUUCAUAAGAGAAUAGGUUCCAUUAGCAUGUAAGUCCAUCUCUUUAUUCUCCUCUCCAUAAAGGGAGAAAACAUUGCUACCAUAUCUAUACUUUCUGUAGUAUGUUUCUUAAUGGCUAAACAUUCCUAAUGGCUAGGAAUAAU